UGACGUUACCGGUCUGCUUUUGGCGCGGUAUUUGGUUGUUUCGCUUCGCGCUCUUUUUGUCACUCAGUUGGGUCUGUGCUUCGCGAAAGUUCGCGCCCGGUACCAGCAACAGCACCGAGCUCACCCGCCGCCAGCAUGCACGUGAUAAAGCGAGAUGGCCGCCAGGAGCGCGUUAUGUUCGAUAAGAUCACGUCGCGGAUCCAGAAGCUCUGCUAUGGACUCAACGCCGAGUUCGUCGACCCGGCGCAGAUUACCAUGAAGGUGAUUCAGGGUCUGUACAGCGGCGUGACGACCGUGGAGCUGGACACCCUGGCUGCCGAGACGGCGGCCACCCUGACAACCAAGCACCCCGAUUACGCCAUUCUGGCCGCCAGGGUCGCCGUCUCCAACCUGCACAAAGAAACCAAGAAGAUAUUCAGCGAUGUGAUGGAGGAUUUGUAUAACUACGUGAAUCCGCGGAACGGCAGACAUUCCCCGAUGGUCUCCAAGGAAACGUUGGACAUCGUGUUGGCGAAUAAAGAUCGCCUGAACUCCGCGAUUAUCUACGACAGAGAUUUUUCCUACAACUUCUUUGGUUUUAAGACUCUGGAGCGAUCCUACUUACUGAAAAUAAACGGAAAAGUGGCGGAGCGGCCCCAGCACAUGCUGAUGAGGGUGUCUGUGGGCAUCCAUAAAACGGACAUCGACGCCGCCAUCGAAACCUACAACCUGCUGUCGGAGAAAUGGUUCACGCACGCCUCGCCCACGCUCUUCAACGCCGGCACUAACCGGCCCCAGCUCUCCAGCUGUUUCCUGCUCUGUAUGAAGGAUGACAGCAUCGAAGGCAUCUACGACACGCUCAAGCAGUGCGCUCUCAUCUCCAAGUCCGCCGGGGGCAUCGGGGUGGCCGUCAGCUGUAUCCGGGCCACCGGCAGCUACAUCGCUGGGACAAACGGGAAUUCCAACGGCCUCGUCCCGAUGCUGCGAGUUUACAAUAAUACGGCGCGAUACGUCGACCAGGGAGGCAACAAGAGGCCUGGGGCCUUCGCCAUCUACCUGGAGCCCUGGCAUUACGACGUGUUUGAGUUCUUGGACCUGAAGAAGAACACCGGCAAAGAGGAGCAGCGGGCGCGGGAUCUCUUCUACGCCUUGUGGAUCCCCGACCUCUUCAUGAAACGCGUCGAGUCGAAUCAGGACUGGUCGCUGAUGUGUCCUCACGAGUGUCCGGGCCUCGAAGAAGUCUGGGGGGAGAAGUUUGAGGAGCUUUAUGAGAAGUACGAGAGAGAAGGCCGCGUCCGUAAGGUGGUGAAGGCGCAGCAGCUGUGGUACGCGAUCAUCGAGUCCCAGACCGAGACUGGAACCCCCUACAUGCUCUACAAGGACGCCUGUAACCGGAAGAGCAACCAGCAGAACCUGGGCACCAUCAAAUGCAGCAACCUGUGCACCGAGAUCGUAGAGUACACCAGCGACAAAGAGGUCGCGGUGUGUAACUUGGCCUCCAUCGCGCUGAACAUGUACGUGACGCCCGAGCGCACCUUUGAUUUCCAGAAGCUCGCUGAGGUCACCAAGGUUAUUGUGAGGAACCUGAACAAGAUAAUCGAAAUUAACUUCUACCCCGUGCCGGAGGCAGAGUACUCCAACAAACGCCAUCGUCCCAUCGGGAUAGGCGUGCAGGGCCUGGCGGACGCCUUCAUCCUCAUGAGAUACCCGUUCGAGAGUCCCGAAGCCCAGCUGCUCAACAAGCAGGUCUUCGAGACCAUUUAUUACGCGGCGCUGGAGUCCAGCUGUGAGCUGUCCAGAGAGCUGGGUCCGUACGAGACGUACGAGGGCAGCCCUGUCAGCAAAGGGAUCCUGCAGCACGAUAUGUGGGACGUGACUCCCACCGGCCUCUGGGACUGGGCAGCUCUAAAAGAAAAAAUUGCCAAGCACGGCGUUAGGAACAGUUUGCUGUUGGCCCCGAUGCCCACGGCUUCCACUGCACAGAUACUGGGCAACAAUGAAUCGAUCGAGCCUUACACCAGCAACAUCUACACCCGCCGGGUGCUGUCGGGCGAGUUCCAGAUCGUCAACCCGCACUUACUGAAAGAUCUGACGGAGCGCGGCCUGUGGAACGAAGAGAUGAAGAACCAGAUCAUCGCCUGCAACGGAUCCAUCCAGAGCGUCCCGGAGAUUCCUGACGACCUGAAGGAGCUCUACAAGACAGUGUGGGAGAUCUCUCAAAAAACCAUCAUCAAGAUGGCCGCCGACAGAGGGGCCUUCAUCGACCAGAGCCAGUCCCUGAACAUCCACGUGGCCGAGCCCAACUACGGCAAGCUGACCAGCAUGCACUUCUACGGCUGGAAACAGGGCUUGAAAACAGGGAUGUAUUACCUGCGCACCCGGCCAGCCGCCAACCCCAUCCAGUUCACCCUCAACAAAGAGAAGCUGAAGGAAAAGGAGACCCCGUCUCAGGACACCGCCAAGGAGGAGAAGGAGAGGAACAAGGCCGCCAUGGUGUGUUCUCUAGAAAACCGCGACGAGUGCCUGAUGUGCGGCUCGUAGCCGCGGCCACCGGCUGCCCAAUACAGAGACUUAUAACCCAAGCCCCUCUGCCCUGGCUGCGGAGCCCUGGCCGGUAAAGACUGUUAGUAGCCACCGGCGGGGCGUCCAUUGCUUCCCGUCUUGCUUGAUUUCUCGGCUCUAGAGUGAACGUUCUGAUGAGAUUCGGGGGAAAUCAAUGAAUUUUUCUAUUAAAAAUAAAAAACUGGAAAAA